AAGCACUAGAUUCUUGGCCAAAACGACCGCAACUCCUAGUUUUGUCUAUGGCAAGCAGACAGACUAAUCGGGAACACGGAGAAGGAGUUAUUACUACCUUAGAUGCUAGCAAAGAGCACGAAAGAAAGGUUUUAUCAACCGGAAGUUGCUUGUUAGACCAAGCUAUCGGCACCGGCGGUUACGUGGAAGGAAAAAUAGUAGAAAUUUUUGGUUUGGAAUCCAGUGGCAAAAGCACUUUGGCUUUGCACGCAGUUGCCGAAUGCCAAAAAUUAGGAAAAGUAGCGGUUUACAUUGAUUUAGAAAACGGAUUAGAUAAGAAUUAUGCCACUAAUCUGGGG